UCAUUCAGUCGAGUUCAGGCUACCAACCGUGGUAGACAACAACGCCGGAAAGAGCUUGCUGCUAUCUAUAACUUUUGGUUCUGUUUUUUUAUUUGAAAAAGUGUGUUAAGGAACAACGGUUUGGUUCUAAAUGGUUUCGGCUUCCUUUAACUGCUUUUUUUCUUCACGUUUCUUAUCAAACGAUGGCAAUGGCAAAGGACCACAAGUUGCGUGUUAAUAGCGUUUAAUUUAAUUUCGCAACUUUCAAAUGUCCUUUUUGUGGCUGCGUGUGGGUGUUUAAGUGUGCCUUAGUGCAAUGAUAAUUCCUAGAAAUUAAAAAAAUUUAAUGGAAUUUUUUAAAUGGUUUGUUUUGCCUUCUUUCUUCAUUUCUGACCGAUAGAAAAAAAAAAAAUUAAUCCACAAACACGCGCUAAAUCUCAUCCUUUUGAACAUUUAUAUCGGAUUGAAUCCUUGUCGGAGAGACCUUACAUCCAUCAGUGGCACUUGUGAAUUGCUUUUUUGUUGGUUAAGGAUAAGUUGCUUCUCCAAAAAAAAGUGAUUAUAAAAGCUUUUUUUUCAAUGACACAAAAAAAAAAAAAGAGCAACAUAAAAAUUAUUAUUGAUCAAAAGUUGUAAAUAUAUGAAAAAAAAAAAAAACAACAAAAAAAAUCUCAAAGCCAUCACACAUCACAUCGCCGAGAGAGAUAUCUACUGAGAUUAUACCAGAGCCACACACUACAACUAUACUGCCCCAGCAUUCAUCACACAAUGCAUCCGCGUCGGGUUAUCAAACGUAAAUGAAUCGCAUUUAAUUAAUAUUGUAAUUGUCGUUAUCAGAAUUAAAAAUGAAGUGAAGUACAAAACAAAAAAUAAUCGCAAAACGAAAUAAAAAUAAAAAAUAAAAAAAAAGAAAUAUAAAUAAUAAAUAUUUCUGUCACAAAGAAAUCAAAUAACAAAAAAAAUUUAUAAAAUUAAUAAUAUCAGUCUCGGUUUUCAUUCGGUUCGGUUAAGAAAGCAGAGUCUUACUUGAGAUUUUUUUGUGACUUUUGCUUAUAGAAAAAAAAAAAAAAAAUUAAAAAUCUUCUCUUAAAACAAAAUACAAAAAAAGUAUCUCAAUUUGUGUAACACAAUGGCGUUCGUUACAUUUCGAAAGCAUCAUCAUGAUUCGUUAUUUUCCGGUUGUUUGUGUGUUCUUGUGUUCAUAGCUUUAAUUCAGCUGCAGUGUGUGGUGCAAUGUGCAUAUGUUAAUCAAACUACAGAACCUAACCACCAUCAGGUGGAGGCUCAACCUCAGACUAAUCAACAUGAAGAACAACCACAUCCACACAGAAAUCACCAUCAUCAUCAUCAUCAACAGCAAGUUGAACAGCAGCAUCAUUCAGAACAAAAUCAUCAUCACCAUCAUCAUCACAAUCAUAAUCAUAAUCAUGAGCGCCAUCUGGCGGAACACCCUGUAACACAACAACAACAGCAAGAGGUGGAGGUCGACCCACCUCUGAUGCUGAACCCUGAGAACCAACAUCAGCAACAUCAUCAUGGCCAUCGACACAACCAUGAGGAGUUUGAAUUCGUUCCAAAGUCGCGGUCUGCAUCGACGUCGGCAUCGACAUCGUCUACUUCGUCGUCUUCUUCAGUUGGAGGACGCCUCUAUCAUAGUAAAUUCACUAUAGAAGAGCUAAUGCACACAAAGUACGAGACUAAGACAUCCAACGAUUUGGAUAUGGAUCCAUGUAAAGCGGGUGGCUUCAUGGGUGACAUCGCAUUACCUGACCUCAAUUACCGCACAACAUUGGAUCCAAUUGUUGCUCGCACACCUGCCGCAUCAACUCAAACUACAACAACAACUACAACCUCUGCGGCGACUUCUUCUUCAUCAUCAUCAUCUAUUGUCGGCUGGAAGGCGGCAGAUUCAAAGUUCAACAAAACCUUUCAACAGGAACUCGAACUUCUAAAACAAGAAGUCUACAACGAAGGACUCCAGGUGGAGGAAGAAGGACUAACCGAUAUAAUUAGAAAGAAAACUAAACUGCCAAGCUCGAAUAAUGAGAACUUAAAUGAGCGAAGCCGUAAUGAUCCAAUUCUGUCAGCCAAUGAGCCAGUUAAAGUCCAUCCCUCAGCACCGUACGAUUAUUCGACAAAAAAUUUAAAAAACCAAAUCAUUACCAGACAACCGACGAAGGAGAGCUCAUAUCCGGCGGAAACUGAAAAUUUCGAACCGAAAAUUUCGAUUCGAGAAAAACCGAUUACUGUGGACGAGUAUCCUGGGAAUACGAUAACUAACAACAACAACAACAAUAAUGCACCUGGUAGUGACCUGCUGAUGGGUGUAACGAUGGAACAACUACGACAACAGCAGCUAACAGCUGAGGCAGAGAAAUUGAAUAAAUCCUCCUCAACAGUGAAUCAUAGCAUUCGAAAUGUCGACCGUCGAAAGAUCCAAUCGAAUACAAAAGACAUUGAAGACGAUUCGGGAAACAAUUUUGUUUCGGAACGAAAGGUUAUUAUAUUACCAACAUCGAUUCCAACAUCGAGAUCGACUUUGCCAAAUGUUUACAGCAAUGCCGGUGGCAAUGGGGUGAAAUUGGACGAUGUAGAGUUCCUGCAUGCUGAGGGUAUUGUAAGGAGACGACAUCGAAGAGGUAGAAAAAAUCGCCGUAGUUCAGAAACAACACGUGAAUAUAAUGCUCGACUGGAAAAACUUAAAGCAGAGCUAAAUCGUCCCGUUUUGACUGCCGACGAUAAUCCCAAACUUCACAAACGAAUUCACAACAAACAUACAGAAUCAGUUCCAACUGAAUGGCUAUCAGCUACCGAGUCCCUUGCUUCAAUAGCCGCCAAACCUACAAGUGAUACAUCUCUCCUGGAGUCAGUACCACCACCCCAUCCCUCCCAUUCACCCCAUCAUCACCCGUCACCAUCAUCAACUCCACCAAUUCAACCUGCAGUUGUAGGAGGAGUUGGAGCUAGAGCUGCUUCAUCAGUACCAGUAGCAGCAGAAUCAGCUUCAGCAGCUGUGCCGACAAAGUCUCAUCACAAAUUCAUAACUGCUAAAAGUUUUAAUUAUUCGUCUGAAAACAUGGAUGAACUGGAAAUCCUUUCGAAAAGGAAAUCAACGAUGGACGCAAUCAAUGCCGAAGUGAACACAUCUCUUGAAAUGCAAUUACGAAAUGAGGAGCAUUUAAAACAUUUAGAACACCAUCAUCGUACAGCGCGAGCAGUAACAGCCAAAAAAGAACGUGUCUGGGAUUACGGCGUCAUACCAUUCGAAAUAGAUGGCAACUUUAGUGGAUUACACAAAGCACUCUUCAAGCAGGCCAUGCGCCAUUGGGAAAACUUCACAUGCAUCAAAUUCGUUGAGCGUGACCCAGAGAACCAUCCCAAUUACAUUGUCUUUACUGUCCGAAGUUGUGGAUGCUGUUCAUUUGUUGGUAAAAGAGGCAACGGUCCACAAGCAAUCUCAAUCGGCAGGAAUUGCGAUAAGUUCGGCAUUGUGGUCCAUGAGCUGGGACAUGUCGUCGGCUUCUGGCACGAGCACACCCGUCCCGAUCGGCAGGAGCACGUUGUCAUCGAACACAAUAACAUAAUGAAGGGACAAGAUUAUAACUUUAACAAGUUGACGCCGGACGAUGUUGAUUCCCUGGGCAUGGCCUACGACUAUGACUCCAUUAUGCACUAUGCAAGGAAUACAUUUUCGAAAGGCACCUAUCUCGACACAAUACUGCCAAUCGAAGUGAAGGGUAAAAAACGGCCCGAGAUUGGACAACGCUUACGGCUGAGUGCUGGUGACAUUUCGCAAGCGAAACUUCUCUACAAAUGUCCCAAAUGCGGCCGAACUUUUCAAGAGAAUACUGGAAGUUUUGCCAGUCCGUCGUAUUUCACAGCAGUUGCUGUCAAUGAGACAGAACGUUGCGAAUGGAGAAUAACAGCUACACAUGGUGAGAGGAUUGUCUUGAGGCUUGAGAAUUUGAAUAUAUUCAAAUCGGAGAAAUGUCAAAUGGACUAUCUGGAGAUACGUGAUGGUUACUAUUAUAAGUCACCACUAAUUGGACGAUUUUGUGGAAAAGCAGCCAAGGAGGUCGUUACUACUGUCAGUAGUAGAAUGUUGUUAACUUAUGUCAAUGGGCAUCGUAAUGCUGGAUAUCGUGGUUUUAAGGCUGAUUUUGAAGCAAUUUGUGGUGGCGAACUUUCCGUGGAUGAAUCAGACGGACGAUUGGAGUCGCCCAACUAUCCUCUAGAAUAUUUACCAAACAAGGAAUGCAUUUGGAGAAUAACUGUGCCAAAAGGAUAUCAAGUGGCACUCAAAUUCCAAUCGUUCGAAGUGGAGAACCACGAUAACUGUGUGUACGAUUAUGUUGAGGUCCAUGACGGCGACAGUGCUGAAUCUGACUUGAUUGGGGUAUUUUGUGGAUAUAAACCACCACCGAAUAUGAAGUCAAGUUCCAAUACAAUGUUUGUGAAGUUCGUUUCCGACAGUUCGGUACAGAAGGCUGGAUUCUCGGCUAUUUUCAUGAAGGAAGUGGACGAGUGCGAGACACAAAAUCAUGGAUGUGAACAUGACUGCAUCAAUACGUUGGGUGGAUACGAGUGCAGUUGUCAUAUUGGCUAUGAAUUGCAUAGUGACAAGAAGCAUUGUGAAGAUGCCUGCGGUGGUGAAAUCGAAGCAAUGAAUGGCACCAUUACAUCGCCAUCAUUUCCCGAAAUCUAUCCCAUCCUUAAGGAGUGCAUAUGGGAAAUUGUUGCACCGCCACGUCACAAAAUCUCAUUGAAUUUCACCCAUUUCGAUUUAGAGGGUACGGCACAUCAACAAUCCGAUUGCGGAUACGAUUCGGUGACAAUUUACUCGAAAUUGGGUGAGAAUCGAUUGAAACGCAUCGGCACCUAUUGUGGCAAUAUGAUCCCGCCGGUGGCCACUUCUGAAGGCAAUUCGCUGCGAAUUGAAUUCCAUUCGGAUAAAUCGAUACAAAAGACUGGAUUUGCAGCCGUAUUCUUUACCGAUAUCGAUGAGUGUUCGGUUAACAAUGGUGGAUGUCAUCAUGAGUGUCAGAAUACGAUUGGUUCGUAUGUUUGUUUUUGUCGCAAUGGUUAUACGUUGCAUGAGAAUGGACAUGAUUGCAAGGAGGGCGAAUGCAAAUAUGAAAUUUCAGCGCCAAUUGGCAAUAUUUACAGUCCGAAUUAUCCAGAUACUUAUCCGGCGAGUGUCAUAUGUGUUUGGCAUUUUACGACAACACCAGGACAUCGUAUUAAGUUGAUAUUCAAUGAAUUUGAAUUUGAACCUCAUCAGGAAUGUGGUUAUGAUAAUGUGACAUUGUAUGAUGGUGGAUCUGAGAAUAGCGGACAUUUGGGUAAAUUCUGUGGCAAUAAGAUUCCAUAUCCAAUAUCGGCUUCGUCCAAUCAAAUGUAUAUGGUAAUGAAGGUGGACAAUAAUAAACAGUACAAAGGAUUUACGGCAACGCAUUCGACUGCUUGUGGUGGUUAUCUGCUUGCCACAAAUCAAAUUCAACAAUUCUAUUCCCAUGCACGCUUCGCCGACCGCAAUUACGAUGAAAACAUGGAUUGCGAAUGGACCAUCCAAGCACCCCCAAGCAGCAAUGUUCAGUUAUUCUUCCUUGAAUUCGACAUCGAAAAUAAUGAAAACUGCACAUACGACUAUGUGGAAGUGUAUUCUGGCAUGGAGGAUACCAGUGGCCCACUUUAUGGUAGAUUUUGUGGAAACACGGUACCCCAGGAGAUUAUCUCGCUGACGGAUUCACUUUUGGUUCGUCUUAAAACAGACGAAAGUGUUACAAUGAAAGGAUUCUCAGCAUCGUAUGUUGCUGUCGAUCCAUUUGAAACCAGUGACGAAGAUACAAAUUCAGAUAGUUCCGAGAUGGUGACACCAUUCGAAGGAUACCUCAAGAGCAUCUACAAACCGGAUACCGAAGAAUACAACGAAUACAACGACUACAGUGAAAAUCAUCUAUUGCUGAACAGUCGCCUGAGGAAUAGGAAUCGAUACAAGAAUCAUUUCUAAAUGGAAUUUCUUGAUUUGUUUCUAUCACCCCUGGGGUAGGUAGAAAGAUAUAUCUGGAGCUUCAUCAUAUCAGCCAAAAUGGAAAAUACGAUGCAAUUUUGUGUUAGAAAAGAAAAAAAAAAUACAACAAACAAUACUUAAUCCUUCAACAUGACGAAAAACUAACUUUUUUUUAUAAAAGUUUUGACUAUAACGAAGGAAAACUUAAUAAAAAAAAUCCAAAAAAUUAUGUUUUAACAUCUGAACAUAAAAACAUGGGACUCUCAAUACAAUAACUAAUAUUUAGGUAAAAAAUUAUUUAUAGGUGAAUUUAAAAUUGACAAAUAUAUAUGAAAAACAAAAACAAAAUAAUAAAAAUACGUAGAAACUUUUUUCUUAAAGUAAAAAUAAAAAAUAAAAUUAGAAAGCAAUAAAACGAUGAUGAAUUUUAUACAAAAUCAUUUAAAAUUAAUAAAAAAAAAAAAACAAAAUCAUUAUAAACUUAAAUUUAAAAUAAAAACAAUAAUAAAUAUUAAUAAUUAAUAUUUGUAAUUUUAAGACUUGUGUGCAAAAAAAAGGCAAAAAAUACAAAUUGAAAAAUAAUAAUAAAAAAUCAUAAACUUACGUCAUAUCCUUUUCAUCGAUAAUAAUAAUAAAUUAGAAUGAAAAAAAAAAUAAAAAAAAAAACAGCAAUUGGUUAUUUUAAUGUUUAAGACAACGUGUAACCCCC